CAUGCAUACUCAAAUAUACACACUAGGAGAUUAUGGAGUCAGCGACCAAAAAUCAAGUCUUCUUCUGCUUCUUUCUAUGUCUUCUCUUAGUCUCAGCCUCUUCAUUAUCUGCUUCAAAAUCAACCCAUACAUUCCCCAAAAAAGCCCUCCCAACAAAGCAUGGUCACCUUCCAAUCAGCCCCACUUCAACUUCUUCCAUUUUCUAUGCUUUCUAUGAAGCACAGAACUCCACUUUACCACUCUCCCGUACCCCACUUCUCAUAUGGCUCCAAGGUGGCCCUGGUUGCUCCUCCAUGAUUGGAAACUUUUACGAACUUGGACCAUGGCGUGUCACCGAAUCACUCACCCUUCAACGCAACCAUGGUGCUUGGAAUAGAAUUUUUAGCCUUCUUUUCCUUGAUAGUCCCAUUGGAACUGGCUUUAGUGUGGCCUCAACGAGACAAGAAAUUCCAACUGAUCAAAACCAUGUUGCAAAGCAUCUUUUUGCUGCUAUAACCAGGUUUGUUCAACUUGACCCUCUUUUUAAGCAUCGCCCUAUUUAUAUUACUGGUGAAAGCUAUGGUGGGAAGUAUGUGCCUGCAAUAGGGUAUCACAUACUGAAGAAAAAUGCACAGUUGCAUGUUUCUCAAAGAGUGAAUUUGGCUGGUGUGGCUAUUGGGGAUGGUUUAACUGACCCCGAAACUCAAGUGGUUACUCAUGCUUUGAAUGCUUAUUAUGUUGGAUUGAUCAAUGAGAAGCAAAAGAAUGAGCUGGAGAAAGCUCAAUUGGAAGCAGUUAGAUUGGCCCAGAUGGGGAAUUGGAGUGAAGCAACAGAUGCCAGAAACAAUGUCAUGAAUAUGUUGCGAAACAUGACAGGGUUGGCUACUUUGUAUGACUAUACAAAGAAAGCUCGUUAUCAGGAUUAUUUGGUUGAGAAAUUCUUGAACAUUGCAAAGGUGAAGAAAGCUUUGGGGGUGAAUGAAUCGUUUGUGUAUGAGUUAUGCAGUGAUGUUGUGGAGGCUGCAUUACAUGCUGAUGUGAUGAAAAGUGUGAAAUAUAUGGUGGAAUACUUGGUGAGGAGGAGCAAAGUGCUGUUAUAUCAAGGUCAGAAUGAUUUGAGGGCUGGUGUGGUCCAAUCAGAGGUUUGGGUGAAGACAAUGAAAUGGGAAGGGAUUGUGGAGUUUGUGAAUGCUGAAAGGAAGAUAUGGAAGGUUAAUGGAGAGCUUGCAGGGUAUGUUCAAAACUGGAAGUCUCUAACCAAUGUUGUUGUUUUGGGUGCUGGGCAUAUUUUGCCUGCUGAUCAGGUUGUUAGGUCUCAAGCAAUGAUAGAAGAUUGGGUUUUGGAGAGGGGUUUGUUUAAAAGCGUGUAGCAAGAAAUUUCCCUUGGUUGUAUGUGUAGUAGUGAAAGUAGCGUGAUUAAACCGUGAGUGAGAGUGAGAUUAUGAACUUGAAGAUCGAUUGCCGUUGCAUGAACUAUUUUCCCUUAGUGAAUAAUUAUCUGUCAUAGUCCAUAGAUGAAUGGCUUGGCAGUCUUUACCGUUAAGCAGGUUUGGUAUUUGUUUUCUUCUCAAA